AUGCCUAAUCCUCAACAAGUGGGACUUAAAAGCCCAUCCAAACAUGACCGAUUCUAUCAAUCUAAAAUCCUUCUUUCGGCAACAAAAAUAGACGAAAUUCAAGUAACUGGUGAACAAUUAAAAAAUAUUCGAAAAAAAGGGAGAUUAACAUACCAACAAGAUUCUAUUUCGCAAGUUUCUCAAUCAGAUAUACAGCAAGAACAAGCCGUGAGUGAAUAUAGUCUAUGGAGUCUCGAUAUCGAAUAA